GGGAUGUAAACAAACGCCGCGAGCCGUUGCUAUUUUGAAUCGCGCCGAGCGCGCAGUGCGUGUCGUGCGUGUUGUGCAUUAAAAUUCCACUCUUUCUCCGUCCCAUAAUGUGUUCAUUGUAGUUACGCUGUGUGUUCAAGUAGAAAAAUAAGUGUGCUAGUAGCGAAACAAGCCAAAACACGAUGGAUAUCGAAGCCCGGCACAGUGAGCUGCGGACGCGGCUAGAUGUGCUUGGGUUUGGGCAUCCGCUGCCGCUCAGUGCGAUCGGGAUCGUUUCCGCAAUACUGGACGAUCUGAUCCAAACGUCGGAAAAGCUGAAAUGUGCCAACCAAAGGAUAGAACAGCUGCACCAGGAAAAGUCCGCCUGGGAGCUGGGCGUGGAGCCGUACAAGUGUGACAACUCGCGGCUGCUGGCCGAAUGUAACGCGCUGCACCUGGAGCUGAUCAAGCAGCAGGAUAAACACAUCCUGGCGAACACGGAGCUGCGAUCGCGCGUACGAUCGCUGCAGGCGGACAAGAAGCAGCUCGAGGAGAAAUGUCUCGCGGCCGAGUGUAAGAUCCGGGAGCUGCAAACGGGCUCGAGCGAAAGUGUGAAAUCGCGCAAGGACACUGCCAACAAGCAGCGCAAACCCUUCAUUUCGACUGUUCGGGCGGGCACGUUUUACCAGCCGCCAAAGUGCUGCGAACAGGGCGGUAUGCAGCAGCCGGGAGGUAUGCCACCGACCUGCCGCUGUCCGUGCAAUCAGAUGAAGCAGGUCGACGUGCUGCACGAGGUGGAACGGUUGCGUGUCGAAACGCAAAACCAGCAGGGAGUCAUCGAUGCGCUCAAGAAUCAGGUAAAUUCCCGCGACAGGGAAAUUCAACGUCUCGGUGCACUGUUUGCCGGAGGGCGGCCGGCAGCAGCGCUUGCGAAAGAUUGUUGCUACCGCGAUGUGAACGAGCUCGGCCAUGACGUUGCCACGCUGCAGCAGGAGAAGCUGUCCCUGCAGCAGACGCUUACCGAGGCGCAGCAAACGCAGGAACGCACCGCCCGCAAGCUGAGCCGGCUGUCCGAGAAGAACCAGCAGCUGGAGAAGGAGCUGCGCGAGUUCGAAAGCGCCGCCAUAAAGCUAGAGUCGGAGGCGAAUCGGAAAAUGCUCGAGCAUGAUCGCAAAAACUCGGACCUGCAGGUAAAGCUGCAGCAGUCGCAGGUUCGCGUGCGGGAGCUCGAAUCGCUCCUGGAGCUGUGCGGUCCCGGUGCGGGCAAGGUACGGCCGCCCUCCGAUAGCUCCAUAUCCUCCUCCCCCUGUCCGUCGGAUGCAAUGCUACAAACGGCACUGCAGCAAGCGACGGACGAAAAACGUCUGCUGUACAAACAGCUGAACGAACUGAAGGAUCGCGAACAGUCGCUGCUGGCGGACUUUGAAAAGGUGAAAACGAAGUACACGCGGUUGAAGCAAAAACACGCCGCCCUGGAACAAACACAGCAUCACCAGCCCGUUAGCAGCAGUGCCGAAGGUCAGGUGGAGCUACAAUCCUUACAGUAUCGCUGUAGCGAGCUGGAGGAGAAGCUGCGCCACACCAAGCAAGAGCGCGAUCGGUACAGCUCGGACGCAGAGCGGCAGCGCACGGUCGUUAGUCAGCUGAAGCGGGAAAGCGUCGAAAAGGAUCACGAGCUAGCGGAGCUUAAGAAUGAGCUACACGCGCUGCGCAAGUCAAACCGGCCAUCGACGGCCAGCCAGGGUGGCGGGGGGCGAUUGCGAACGGCCGAUUCGCACGGUUCGGGCCAGUCGUCACUUUCCGUGCAGGCGGCUAUACACCGUAUCGAGCGGGAGCGGGACGCGGCCAAGAGUGAGGUCCGCCAGCUCGAGCAGGAGCGGGAUGCACUGCGGGAAAAGCUAAAGCUGUCCACCCGCAGCCAGCAGGAUGCGGUGGCCAAACACGAGAAUGCCAUCGCCGAGUACAGUGGCAGGGUAGUGACGCUGGAGGCGGAAAAGCGUGACCUCCAGGGGGGACAGGCUGCCGCCCAGAUGAAGGUGAAGCUGCUGAAGGAGGAGUCUCGCGAGCUGCAGGCCCGGGUGAAGGAGCUGGAGGAGAGUUACAGCAAGCUGAAGCUGUCCUACUCACAGAUGAAGAUUCUUCAUGAGCAAACCGAGCGUGCCCUUGCGCAGCAUCAACAUCGUCUGCUAAGCACCGAAACGCAGCUUGGAACGGCAGAGAGCAAGCUACAGCGGGUGGACAGUACCGUAGAGGAUGCGCAGAACGAAGUUGGUCGGCUAAAGGGCGAGAUCAGCUUGUUGCGAGCAUCGAAUGCAUCUCUUGUGCGGGAAAAGGAUAAGCUUUUAAUGGAUUUGGACAAGAAGACCGAAAACUUGUACGCCGCCGAAGCGGAAAUUGCUGAGCUGAAGGCGAAACGGAAAGAGCUGAAAUCCACGAUCGAUCGGAUGCAGCAAAAGCUUGACAACGUUAGCACGGACAACAUCCACAAAGAGAGCACGCUGCGAAGCGUUUCGACCGAGACAGACACGCUUAAGCAACAGAUGGCGACACUGAAGCGCAAAAACGACAACGCUUCGACAGAGAAUGGACGCCUGUCGAACGAGUUAACUGACGCCCUGGCCGAACUGACGCUAACGAAGCGGCAACUUAAGGAUUCCCAGCAGGAAGUCGAACGGAUGAAAACGCAAUUACGCGAAUAUGUGCAGGAGAUGCAGCGGGCCGAGGAGCUCCUGCUCGAGAAGGAACGUGAACGAGAAAGUAUGCUUGAGCGGUUCAAAUCACUUUCCGAAGGCGUCAAUGUGCUUGAGACGAGUAAUCACACACUGGAAGCAGAAACGAGUGAAGCGAGGAAACUGCUGCAGGAAGCGGAAGAGCGCAUUGCCACGCUGGAGGAGCUGACGAACGAGCGGGAGCAAAACAUACGCGAGUGCGAGCAUCAGAUAAACGAGCUGUCCGCCAGCCUGGCGGCGGCCGAGUCGGAGCUGGAAGCACUGCGAGAGGAGAACAAAGCGCUCGCCCUCGAUCUGGAAGCUACCAAGGAGCUGUGCGGCAAGCUCGAUCUGCAGAAGGACAAGCUGCAGGCCGAGCUGGAGGAGCACUCCAACAUACGCGAACAGUUGGCGCGCGAAAAGGGUACGCUGCAGCGGGAACUAACGCUAACGCGCACCGGCGACCGGGCCGCCGUGGACGGGCUGCAGGAGCUGCUGACCGCCAGCAGGGCCGACCUGGAGCAGCACCGACUGGCACUGGCCCAGCAGCAGCAGGAGACGGAAAAGCUGCGGACGGAGGUGGACGCGCUGCGCAGCAGGAUGGCCGACGAGCAGGACAAGGCACGGCGCAGUGAAGCGUUGGCCAGCGAGUACGGUGUGCAGCUGCAGGAGCUGAGGCGGCAGCUAACGGACGAACGGUUUGCGCUGAUGCGAUCGCGUGCGGGUGAGUCGCGAACGGAGCGCGAAGAUAUCCACCACGAGGAUGAAGGCGACGAUGGGGACGAUGACGACUGCAACAGAAUUAGACGAUACCUAGACGUGGCGAAUAAAGCUAGAGCGAAGCGUUCGAAAGAGGCGUUGGUUGGUGUGGAAAUUGGGAAAGAAAAACAGAACGUGCAAACGAUGGCAACCCAAACGCUGCCGGCAGGAAGGAAACAGAAACGUGAUUCGAGUGUUCGCACUAGAGCCACCCAGAAGUCUGAGCCGAAAAUGGUUGCACCUAGCGGGUGGAAAAUAACGAAUUACGAACGUUCCGCAUCUAAAGCACGGGCUAAACCCGGUGGCCCUAAGCCGACCGACACUGACCAAAGUCAAGGUUACAGUGACGAUGGUUGCUCAAACACGUCCAUCUCACUAGAUGGAUUUUCUGCUGCAUCCGAUGCCUUUACCUCGUUGUCGUACGACAUAAUCGAUCAGCCGAACGCGCAGGACACGGGUGCGGUGGCCGGUGUGGCAGGUGCAUCCGGCAUCGUUAAGAGCCAAAUGGAUGGGACAGGGUCAACGGUAGUCAUCUAUAAAACGGAUGCCGGUGAACGGUUGGUGCUAAAGCACUCCCCCCGACCGGCCGUCCAGCAGCCCGAACAACGGAGCAGUGAAACGAACCCACCCCAAAGCCCAUUCGUUCGUCUUCCCGGGACGGCCUGCGAUGAAGCGGUGCAGUCGCAGCAACACAGUAGCGUGCUGGCGGCUGGCAGGGUAAUGAUUAUUGAUGAACCUUCCGCUGGUGCAGUUGCUGCAACCGGGCAGCAGCAGCAGCAGCAGCCCGUUACCAUCGAUUGUAACACGACCGUAACCGCAACGGCGUCGCCGGGUGCAGAAACGACGCGGGUGGUGGACACGUGGGCGAAAAUAUUGCUCCAACAGUCGGCAGGCGAAGGAUCUUCGACCGGGGGUAAGUCCGUUGCUGGCGAUGGUGUGCUUGUACCGGUGAUGCCGUCUACAAACGACGUUAGUGUGGAACGGUCGGAACGAACCACUACGCACAACUAUCAUCUGCGGUUUCAUGUGAAGAUGCCAGUGCCGAGCAGCAAACCGCCAUAAAGGGUGGGCGAUCAU